CGAUCUAAUCUGAUCAGUGUCAGUGUCUCUUCAAGUUUUAACCGCAAAGGAGAAAGAAGCAUCUCCCUAGUCUCUCUCUCUCUCUACUUCGUUUGUCUACGGUUUUGGGAAAGUGAAGGAGAUAACAGAGCGAAAAGGGUAAUCAUGGCUGCGACAUCUUCCUCUGCUUUCCUCCUUAAUCCGUUGACUUCUCCCCACCGGCCUUUUAAAUACUCGCCAGAGCUCUCUUCUGUCUCCUUAUCUUCUAGAAAGGCGGCUACUUUCGAUUUUCUCCCGGCUGCUCUCACUCUCAAGAGACAGAGCCAGAGGUGUAGCGGUGUUGUGUGCAAGGCUGUGUCUGUCAAGCCCGAAGCUGGAAUCGAAGGGCUCAAUAUCGCCGAGAAUGCCGCUCAGCUUAUUGGGAAAACUCCGAUGGUGUACUUGAACAACAUAGUCAAGGGCUGUGUUGCAAGUGUUGCUGCCAAGCUUGAAAUCAUGGAACCAUGUUGCAGUGUCAAGGAUAGGAUUGGGUAUAGUAUGAUUACUGAUGCUGAGCAAAAAGGACUUAUAACACCUGGAAAGAGUGUUCUUGUGGAAUCUACAAGUGGAAACACAGGGAUUGGUCUUGCAUUUAUUGCUGCUUCAAAGGGAUAUAAACUUAUCUUGACGAUGCCCUCGUCCAUGAGUUUGGAAAGACGGGUUCUUUUGAGGGCAUUUGGAGCUGAGCUUGUAUUAACCGAGCCUGCAAAAGGCAUGACUGGAGCAAUUCAGAAGGCUGAAGAAAUCUUGAAAAACACUCCAAACUCCUACAUGCUCCAACAGUUUGACAACCCAGCCAAUCCCAAGAUUCAUUACGAGACUACUGGUCCUGAAAUAUGGGAAGAUACAAGAGGGAAGGUGGAUAUAUUGGUUGCGGGAAUUGGAACUGGUGGAACUAUCACUGGCGUUGGUCGAUUCAUUAGAGAAAGAAAACCCGAAUUGAAGAUUAUAGGUGUAGAACCAACUGAAAGCGCCAUACUUUCUGGUGGAAAACCUGGACCUCACAAGAUUCAAGGAAUCGGAGCUGGGUUUAUUCCUAAGAAUUUGGAUCAGGCUAUUGUAGAUGAAUACAUUGCGAUUUCCAGUGAGGAAGCUAUUGAAACCGCGAAGCAACUAGCUCUCCAGGAAGGCUUGUUGGUCGGUAUAUCUUCUGGAGCUGCUGCUGCUGCUGCAAUCCAAGUCGCCAAGAGACCUGAAAAUGCCGGGAAACUCAUAGCUGUUGUGUUCCCGAGCUUUGGGGAACGAUACCUCUCGACCAUGCUUUUCCAGUCGAUUCGAGAAGAGUGCGAGAAAAUGCAGCCUGAGCCU